AUGGACAGCCAGAACAGCACAGAAGAGGUCUACUUCCUUCUGCUUGGGUUCUCCCAGUACCCAUGGGCUCAGACCAUCUUCUUCUGCCUAUUACUCAUGUCCUACAUCAUCACCCUUUUUGGGAACAGCCUCAUCUUGCUCCUGAUCUACUGUGAUACCCGGCUCCAUACGCCCAUGUACUUCUUCCUCAGCAACCUGUCCUUCCUGGACAUGUGCUACACCACAUGCAGUGUACCCCAGAUGCUCAUCAACUGCUUGGCAACCAUUCCUGUUAUCUCGCUAGGACAUUGUUGGGUCCAGAUGGCCACAGGACUUUAUCUGGGUGGUGUUGAGUGUCUUCUACUAGCUGCCAUGGCCUAUGAUCGCUGUGUGGCCAUUGUUGACCCCCUGCGUUACUCUGUGCACAUGGGACCCCAGCUUUGUGGCCUGUUGGCUGGGACUUCAUGGACUGCAGCCUUCCUUCUGACUGUGGUCCCUGUGCUGACUAUGCCCUUGGAGUUCUGUGGUCACCAGGUCAUCAAUCACUUCUCAUGUGAGCUCCCAGCUCUGCUCAAGCUUGCCUGCUCUGACCUGAGGUUCUACGAGUCGUUAAUGGUGGGCACCGGUGCCUUGACCCUGCUGGCUCCUUUUUCCUUCAUUGUGGGCUCCUAUGGAAGAAUCCUGAUGGCUGUGAUGCGGGUGCAGUCCAUGCAGGGCCGUGGCAAGGCUUUUUCCACAUGUGGCUCACACCUGAUUGUCGUGGUCCUCUUUUAUGGCACGGCCAUCUCCAUGUAUAUGAUGCCUCAGAACAAGACCAUCCGUGACCGAGACAAGAUCAUCUCCAUCUCCUAUGGCGUCCUCACCCCCAUGAUGAACCCCUUCAUCUACAGCCUGCGGAACAAGGACAUGAAAGAGGCCUUCAGGAGGCUCUUGGGGAAAAAGAUUGACCUUUAA